UUCCGGGGCGCACACGAACGCGUCAGGAGAUGGACACGCUAGCUGGUGGCUACAGCAGCGCUAUGCGACUAAAUGUAAUAUAUAAAUAAUCAAACUUCAUACUUUGAACAAGAUAUACGCUUUCGGCUGGAGACAUUUUUACCAGCGCUGCCGUUCAACAGCUGAUUCCCAAAGAUUAAACGGGACUAUUUCAACGCUGAAAGGAGUCUGACACCCCUGCCAGAUGGAGGAGAUUGAAAGCGGCGACAAGGGCCGGGUGACGGUGUACUCCAUCCAAGGCUGCCCACACUGUCUGCAGGCUAAGGCCACGCUGGCUCGCUUGGGGCUUCCCUUAUGUGACGUGGACGUGGGCAAACAUCCGGAGCUCCGAGCCAAGGUGAAGGAGCUGACGGGGCGCAGCACGGUUCCUCAGAUCUUCUUCAACAACGUCCACGUGGGAGGCAACUCUGACCUGCAGAAUUUGGCUCCAGAGGAGCUCCAGAAACUGGUUACUAUGGUGAAGGAGGAACCUCUCCCUGCUGACGCUCCACCACUACCAGAGAAGAACCAGUCGGAGAACCCGGCUUGGGACAUUGAUCAUGAGUUUGAGUGUGAGAAAGAUGCUUUGGCAGACCUGGUUGGCGAUCUGAAAGAUAGCGAUGUGAUUGGCACUCACAGAAGAGGCUUGACUUUUUACAAGAAGAGCUUCUCCCGUGACCAGCUGCUCGCCUGGCUGCACAAAAACAAGGCCAUGGACAAGGCGGCGGCCGUGGAUGUGGGCCACAAAUUGUUGGUGAACAAGUACAUGGUUGUUGUGCGAGACUGUGGGCAGACGGAUGCUGCUUUUGAAGCCACCAGCGCAGACACACUUUACAGGCUGCUGGAGGAUGAUCCUAGUUCAGCCCUCAACGCGGGACAGACCGCCAGCUGCAGUCCCAUAGCGGCGGCGGAACUCUCACUGCUUUUACGUGAUCUGAUUCUCCAGUUGUUCUCAGAUCAUCUGUCUGCUGAUGGCAAGACCGUGGACUACAAAGGCAUGUCAGAGAGUCCUGCGUUCGAGCGCUACUGUGAGCUGGCCAUCCAGCUGCAGAGAGUGGAGCUGCUCUCACUGUCCCGGGAGGAGAAGCUGGCCUUCUUCAUCAACGUCUACAACGCUCUGGUCAUCCACGGGUACCUGCGCCUGGGGGCCCCCACCAACAUGUGGCAGAGAUACAGAUUCUUCAACUACGUCAGCUACCUGAUCGGAGGAGAAGUCUUCACCUUGCAGGACAUCGAGAACGGGGUCCUCAGAGGGAACAGGAAGGGCGUGGCGCAGCUUCGAAGGCCCUUCUCUAAAACGGACCCCCGGCUGCAGGUGGCACUGCCAGACGCUGAGCCACUAAUCCACUUUGCUCUGAACUGCGGUGCAAAAGGUUGCCCUCCCAUUAAGACCUACACCCCUCAGGACAUCGACAGCGAGCUCCGCACAGCAGCCGAAGCUUUCUUGGAGAAUGACGACGCCUGUAUGGUGGAUUCUGGGAAGAAAGAAGUCCACCUGAGUCAGAUCUUCAAGUGGUACAAGGCCGACUUUGGAGGCACCGACGAGAAGCUGCUGAAGUGGGUGUUGGCCCACAUGAGCGACUCCCCCAAGAAGACCAGCUUGCAGGGGGUCAUCUCUGCCGGCAAGACCAAGGUCAGCUUCCUGCCGUACGACUGGAGCUCCAACAGCAGCCACUGAGCAUGGAGCUCUUCUCCCAGGUGGAUACUUGUAUGCAACACAAAGUCUGCACUUUACCUUCUAAUCCUACUGCUCUUGGAGAUCUACUUCAGGUCUACUUUCUUCUGCAGCACAUCAAACGUCUCUUUGUAACUCAGGAGUCUUCCUAAAUGCAACAUGUCCAUGAUGCACGUUUAGUCGUUAGUCCUAGAGGUGUGUAGACCUCCAAAGCUUUGUCCCACCAGCACAAAAAGGUACUUUUAUACACCGCAUGGAACUUGAAUUCUACUUUUGGACACUUUAGUACACAGAAAAGUACUUUACACCUUCCUUCAUUUGUAAACCAUUUUUAUCUAACCUUCAAAAUCAUCCUUUUAUAGUCUUGGCAGUUAUGCUUCCAGCCCAAGGUCUUCACUCGGUGUGUUGGCUCAUAGUGAUUGAUGUGGACCACAUGACUAUGUAGCGUCUGAUAACCUGACGGAUGAUCACACCUUUUACAAAGUGCACCAAAGCAAUAUCACAUGUACCGUAUUUUUCAGAGUAUAAGUCUCACCUGCCGAAAAUGCAUAAUAAAGAAGGAAAAAAACAUAUAUAAGUCGCA